CGUGCGCAUUUGGGCGGUGACGGGGUGACGCUCGGAGCGUGGGCCGCGACUCUCACGGAUCCGGUUCCGCCCUCCCUCUCGCUGUCGAUGCUCCGGGGCUAGCGCCCGCGAUCCUUUUCCCAGAGUGCUCUGCGCCGUGAAGAAGCGGCUCCCGAGGACUGGGGGCAUUUUGUGUUGGCUGGAGCCGGAGUAAUAAGAUGGCGGCGUCGGCGGAGUGACAGGGGUCCCUCCGGGCGGGAGCCGGCGGCAGCGGUAUCACCGCUCUUACUUACCGCUCCCCUUUUCCAGCCCGCGACGUCGCCGCGAGAGCGAGGCAGCGGCGGCCUCCAGAAACAAGUGGUCCAGCCUGGUAACCGCGAGAACCCCCUCAACAGUCUGCGGCCUGGCAAAAAGAAACCUGACAGCAGCGGUGAUCAGGUUCCUCUUGGCCGAUUCUGGGCCCCGUAACGCCGAGGAAGAGCCAACGUUUUCUGUUUCCUGCCGCCCUGCCCUCCGCAGCCUUGCUCCGUGAAGGAGCCCUAGAGGCCUCCGUCCUCCCCUUAGAGGUGUUGGGGCUUAGCCCCAGCCUCCAUCUUCGUUUCUCAGGAUGGCGAGCAGCAGCGGCUCCAAGGCCGAAUUCAUUGUCGGAGGGAAAUAUAAACUGGUACGGAAGAUCGGGUCUGGUUCCUUCGGGGACAUUUAUCUGGCGAUCAACAUCACCAACGGCGAGGAAGUGGCAGUGAAGCUAGAAUCUCAGAAGGCCAGGCAUCCCCAGUUGCUGUACGAGAGCAAACUCUAUAAGAUUCUUCAAGGUGGGGUUGGCAUCCCCCACAUACGGUGGUAUGGUCAGGAAAAAGACUACAAUGUGCUAGUCAUGGAUCUUCUUGGACCUAGCCUCGAAGACCUCUUCAAUUUCUGUUCAAGAAGAUUCACAAUGAAAACUGUACUUAUGUUAGCUGACCAGAUGAUCAGUAGAAUUGAAUAUGUGCAUACAAAGAAUUUUAUACACAGAGACAUUAAACCAGAUAACUUCCUAAUGGGUAUUGGGCGUCACUGUAAUAAGUGUUUAGAAUCUCCAGUGGGGAAGAGGAAAAGAAGCAUGACUGUUAGUACUUCUCAGGACCCAUCUUUCUCAGGAUUAAACCAGUUAUUCCUUAUUGAUUUUGGUUUGGCCAAAAAGUACAGAGACAACAGGACAAGGCAACACAUACCAUACAGAGAAGAUAAAAAUCUCACUGGCACUGCUCGGUAUGCUAGCAUCAAUGCACAUCUUGGUAUUGAACAGAGUCGCCGAGAUGACAUGGAAUCAUUAGGAUAUGUUUUGAUGUAUUUUAAUAGAACCAGCCUGCCAUGGCAAGGACUAAAGGCUGCAACGAAGAAGCAAAAAUAUGAAAAAAUUAGCGAAAAGAAGAUGUCCACACCUGUUGAAGUUUUAUGUAAGGGAUUUCCUGCAGAAUUUGCUAUGUACUUAAACUAUUGUCGUGGGCUGCGCUUUGAGGAAGCCCCGGAUUACAUGUACCUGAGGCAGCUAUUCCGCAUUCUUUUCAGGACCCUGAAUCACCAAUAUGACUACACAUUUGAUUGGACAAUGUUAAAGCAGAAAGCAGCACAGCAGGCAGCCUCUUCAAGUGGGCAGGGUCAGCAGGCCCAAACCCCCACAGGCAAGCAAACUGACAAAACCAAGAGUAACAUGAAAGGUUUCUAAGCAUGAAUCAAGGAACAGAAGAAGCAGAGCAGAUGAUCGGAGCAGCAUUUGUUUCUCCCCAAAUCUAGAAAUUUUAGUUCAUAUGUACACUAGCCAGUGGUUGUGGGCAACCAUUUACUUGGUGUAAAGAACUUAAUUUCAGUAUAAACUGGCUCUGGGCAGCAUUGGUGAUGCUGUGUCCUGAGUUGUAGCCGCUGUAAUUGUGAAUAUUAACUGAGAUAGUGAAACAUGGUGUCCAGUUUUCUAUUGCAUUUUUUCAAGUGGAAAAGUUAACUAAAUGGUUGACACACAAAUUGGUGGAGAAAUUGUGCAUAUGCCAAUUUUUUGUUAAAAUCUUUUAUUUUGACUAUACUGCUUUGAGAUCUCAUUUCAGAAGAACGGCAUGAACAGUCUUCAGCCACAGUUGUGAUGGUUGUAAAUGCUCACAAUUGUGCAUUCUUAGGGUUUAUCCAUCCCUGGGGUUUGCAAGUUGUUCACUUAAAACAUUCUUAAAAUGGUUGGCUUCUUGUUUGCAAGCCAGCUGAUAUGGUAGCAACCAAAGAUUCCAGUGUUUGAGCAUAUGAAAGACUCUGCCUGCUUACCUGUGCUAGAAAUAACAGCAUCUAAAGUGAAGACUUAAGAAAAACUUAGUGACUACUAGAUUAUCCUUAGGACUCUGCAUUAACUCUAUAAUGUUCUUGGUAUUAAAAAAAGAAAAAGAAAAAGCAUAUUUGUCACAGAAAUUUAGUUAACAUCUUACAACUGAACAUGUAUGUAUGUUGCUUAGAUAAAUGUAAUCACUGUAAACAUCUAUAUGAUCUGGGAUUUUGUUUUUAUUUUGAAAUGGGAGCUUUUUUUGUUUACAAGUUCAUUAAAAACUAUAAACUGUU